GGGCACCAUGGGAGAAACUGGGAUGUGAAUCCGAAUAGUAGAGGGAGACACGAUAAAUCAUAGAACAUAUAUAUACAUUUAAAGCGACAGAUUGGUAACUUUCCUCGCCCAGUCUUAGAACUCGCUAUCCACUGUGCAGCCGCACGUGUCACUUUGUGAAACGAUAAAAAUGCACCACUCGCAUUCCCUAGGAGGAAAAAUACAAGACCGACACCCCCUCUCUCGAAACAAAGGUCAAAGUUCACAGGAAGCUGGGGGGCUGCCAUUUUUCCUGCAAACAUUUUUAGAUGCAAAAGAGACGAGUGUGGUCGUCGCUGAAUAUAUAUCAUUAAUGUUUUGUGACAGUUUUCUGUUUAAAAUAUUUCACCCUGUUCUCAUAGAAACUCAUCAUUGAUGAAUGAAGACGAGAUGGAAAGGAUAGCGGAACAAUCGUGGAAUUCUUCCUACACCUACCAGGUGAGCAAGCACAGCGCUGAGAUGCUACACAACCUCAACGUCCAGAGAAAAGAUGGAGGCAGGUUUUGCGAUGUGAUCUUACGCGUCGGAGAGGAGAGCUUCCCUGCUCACAAGGCGGUGCUAGCGGCUUGUAGUGAAUACUUCGAAUCGGUAUUCAGUUGUCAGGUGGAAGGCGACGGCGAGACGAAGGAGCUGGAGAUGCACACCAUCAGCCCCAAAGUUUUUAAAGAUAUUUUGGACUUUGCUUAUACCUCAAAAAUUGUCGUACGACUGGAAUGCUUCCCCGAGCUGAUGACAGCGGCAAAGUUUCUUUUGAUGCGCUCGGUCAUCGAGAUCUGUCAGGAAGUAAUCAAGCAAUCAAACGUACAGAUUCUGGUUCCGCCCUCGCGAGGAGACCUUAGUUUGUUCCGUACUGCUGGGGGCAACGAAGUGGGUUAUCCAUUGCCGUUGGACAUGUCGAACGGAGCUGGACUUGUAACUAACGGUCCUGUGUAUGGCAGUAAUGGACAGACGCACGAUGUUGAUGGUAGUCAUACCAGUGGUCCAGUUUUGUCGAGUGGCAGCUCCCAAUCCGCAAUGCCCGUGCUGCAUACUGUUGAUAGGCUACCUGUGACACCAACAGAGCAGACCGGGAAUCCAUUUCAAGGAGGAGGUACUCCAGGGUCGGGAAACAAGAGAGGCAGAGGACGACCAAAGAAAGUGCCAGCUAUGGAUCCUUUACUUUUUAACCAUAGCGUUCCUAAGGACCUCGGUAUUUUCCCAUGCGGAAUUUGUGGGAAGAUAUUUACAGAAACAGUGCGUUUGCGAAAUCAUGAAGCACAGCACGCCGCAUCCAGUGGUCUGCACAGCGGCGGAGUCAACAAUAGCGGGGACAGCUCGGUUGGUGUGGGAGGCCCAACUCCGUCAUCUCAUGCCCAGUCAGGACUGCUGGAAAAUGGUUUGACUCUGCAUAGUGGUGUGGAUGCCAGUCGCAAGAGAGAAAGGACGAGACGUCAUGUUGGUUGUGACAUUUGCGGGAAGGUAUUUCGCGACGUGUAUCACCUGAAUAGACACAAGCUAUCUCAUUCCGGUGAGAAGCCAUAUGCUUGUCCUGUUUGUGGCCUGCGGUUUAAGCGCAAGGACAGAAUGUCGUACCAUGUGCGUUCACACGAUGGCUCCGUGGGCAAACCGUACGUCUGUCAAAGCUGCGGGAAGGGCUUCUCCAGACCUGACCACUUGAAUGGACACAUAAAACAGGUCCACACGUCUGAAAGACCCCAUAAGUGCCAGAUCUGCAAUGCAUCCUUUGCCACACGGGACCGUUUGCGCUCUCACUUAGCCUGCCAUGAAGACAAAAUCCCUUGCCAGGUGUGUGGAAAGUUCCUGCGGGCUGCCUACAUGACUGACCACCUCAAGAAACACAGCGAGGGUCCACAUAAUUACUGUGGUAUAUGCAACAAAGGUUUCUCCACUGCCUCCUACCUUAAGGUACACGUAAAAACGCACCACGGCUCUCCUCUACUCCCUGCUGCUACAGUGCACUCCUUUCCAGAGCCCCGCGAGCCUCAGGCACACAACGGCGCCCCCUACAACUCGGGACGCCCGUGCGCAGUGGAAGACCUAUGUACCAGUCGCCGGCUGCUGGUCACAUUCCCAGAAGCGGAUGGUCGUUUUCGUGGGCUUGCUGGGCCCCCAGUGCUGCCCCAGCCUUGUCCUCCCAGCCUGGGCCUGCAGCCCGAGCUACUGCUGGGCAAACCAGGGGGGGCUCCUUAUUUCUGGGAGUGUCGUGCUGCUGGCGCGCCAGGCUUCCCCACCCAAGGGCCCCAUGCAGAGUGGACAAAUGAUCCAACUGGAGGUAUCAUUCCUGGACUUCAUCAUCUAUCUCAUUGAAUCCCCCAGUAAGGAGCCACUUCAACUAGAUUAUGAUCCAUAACCAUAAAGUAAACUAAUGUUAACCAGUGGACCAUAAUCAAUUGCAGAAGCAAUGUUAACAAUAUAACUUUGUGAGCUAGUGAUAUUAGCUGUUGCUAGCCACAGGUUUUUUGGUAAUAAAUAAAAGUGCAAAUCUGGAUUUUAAAUCUGUACUAUGUAUUAAAUUAAGCCACACAGAAGAAAAUUGCAGUGUUUUUAAUAUAUUACUAAAUUUACUCCCAAUUUAAAACCUAAAACUGACCAAUUCAUUUAUUACCUAUGGAAACUGCCAAAAUUUCCCCUUUAAGAAGUUGGAUAUAUUUCAAAUGCCUUGGCAAGUGGUUUGUUGUUUCAUUUUACUUCCUGUUGGUGAGUUUAAAUAAUUAUCCCAGAGAUGAUGUGUGUGAGCAAUGUCUUUUUCUGCACGUGGGAAAAGCCAACAGUGUGUGGCAAUUGGCAAUUGACUAUUAGCAACUAUAGUGGACCGGAGUGCUUUUCACCAAUCUGGAUUAGAGGGAAGUGAGAGACAGAGGCGGCGGUAUUUGUUCAACAGGAUUUAUAAAAAUUGAUAUUUUAUGGCCAAAAGUAGCUGGUAGUUCCUGUAGUUACACUUCAAAAUGAGGUAAUUAACUACUACAAACACUACCCAAAUUUGAAUGUAGCAGAACUGCCAGCAAAUUGCUGCAAAAUGCAUUUAAAUUACUAGUUUAACCAAAUGUAAUCUACUCCCCAGCACUGUCUAUCAGUGGGAUUGUUACAGUAAAGUUGUGUAACUGCAACAAAGUGUCUUUCAUUUAUUAAUAGACACGUGAAGGCUAUAUCAUUGCGCCUACAUCUGUCUGUUUAAAUAGACUACUUAAAUGUGGAAGGUAGAAGGAAGCAAUGUUAAAUUCAGAUCCGUGUUUAUUAUUUUGCCUUUUCAUCUAAAUUUAACAGCCAUCUAAGCAAGUAUUAUUUUAUGCUUUCACAUUGGGGUAGAUAUUUUGGUUCAAUGCUUUUUGAAUGUGGGUGAAAAGAAACCCGGUCAUGAGGCCUUUAGUUAGAAAAGGUAUGGCUUCUUGUGUCACUCACGUUUUAAUUUAAUUUGUGAGCUAUAUAACAUUAGUUAAUGCAGGGACAGAUUAAGCCAAUCUGAGGCCUGGGGCACAAUAUUCACAAGGCCACUUACAACACCCCAGAGCCACAGUUUACUCAGUCUAAUUUUACCAAAUAUGUUUUGAUCAUGAAAUUUAAUUACCUGAAGCAAUGCAAGGUAUGUGAUAUUAUCAACAGACAUAUAGAACAUUAUUAUUGUUAGUAUUAUUAUUAUUGUUUUUUUUUUUACUAUUAAAAAAUAUAAAAUAUUAUUUUAUUAUUAAAUGAUGUAUUAUCUAACCGUUAAAGUUACUGUAGUGAGCAGCUUCAGCUCAUUCAUUGUGCUUUGUAUUCAGAGUUUAUGCCAGUAACCCGGGCAAUGGGCAGCCCUGCCGCAGAGAAGUUGAAUGUCCUAAUUUCACAUCCAAACAAUCCACUGAUUUAAAUUUUAAUUAAACUACUUUAGUCACCUCAUUUUAUGUGUGUUUAAAUGUUAUAUCGUAUUCUAUACAGUGUGAAAAUAUCGAUCUGUGCUGCUAAUUAUUUAAUGGCUGCCACAGAACACUAGCUUACAAAACCAUGUGGGGCAUUGGUCAGUAGGCUCAUCUUUCACAAAUAAAUGGAACUGUAAAAAUUUGUCGGCCAAGUUUUCAUCCAAAUCAUUGGGAUACGCAGCAGCCAGCUGUAUGGCUCACUGGCGAGCGUCACUCAGAUCAGCAGGGUUCUAUUUUGAACAACACCCCAAAAAGAUUGCUCACCUGCCUGUAGGCCUGCAGUUGGUGAUCUAAACAAGACCAUGAUCAUUCAAUGAUUACAUUGAAGGUCUCGACUCUGAACUUCUGACUUCCCUCGGGGUGACACAGCAGGAUCUUUCGAGUCAUCAGAAAACACCCCUUUACCUUUUGUGGUACAGUUUAUACUGGUACUGUUUAGAAACCUUGUUGACGCUUGUGGUAAAUCUCUCGUCGUCUUCAAACUGAUCUAGUAGCAAAACUACAGAAUUUUCAAAAAGUCCAGUCGUCGGACAUUUGUCCUUAAGUCAAUGUCAUUUUUUUGUAAUUGAACACUUGCAAUUGAAAUCAUUGCAAAACAAAUCAAAUGGGCUUGUUUGACCACCCCAACAUAUCACUAGUGCUGUCACACAACCACAUAACAUAACAUAAUAUAAUGAUGAGAACAGGCCAUUCAGCCUAACAAUGCUGAUGACCUACAGAUUAGGUAGAAUCUAACACUGUACCAAGCCUAGUCUUGAAAAUCCACAGAGUUUCUGCCUCUACUGCAUGACCUUGCAGGCUAUUCCACACAUUGACUACUCUCUGCAUGAAAAAAUUCUUCCUAAUGUCUGUAUGGAAUUUUCCUUUUGCUUAUUUUCGUUUAUGUCCACUCGUUCUACUAACAGAACUCAACCUAAAGAAUCUCUUGUAGUUUCCUUUGUUGAUCCCCUUUAUGAAUUUGAAAGCCUCAAUCAAAUCACCCCUAGGUCUUCUAUUACUAAGCUUGAAGAGAUUAAGCAUCCUAAGUCUUUCCUCUUGGCUUUUAUAUUUCAUACCAGGAAUCAAUUUGGUUGCCUCUAUAUCUUUCUUGUAGUACGUUCCCCAGAACUGCACACAAUACUCUAAGUGUGUUCUAACAAAAGUAUUGUUAAGAUAAGUUUAACUUCUUUGGAUUUAUACUCAAUACUUUUGUCUAUAUAUCUCAGCAUCCUAUUGACCUUUUUACUGCUACAGCACAGUGCCUAGAACCUGAAAGGCUUUGAUCAACCAUUACUCCCAAAUCUUUUUCAUAUUGAGCACAUUCCAAUUUUGUUCCUCCCAUCCUGCCUAAUGUUUUUAUUUUGCACAUGCAGAACCUUACAUUUGGCUAUAUUAAAUUUCAUUUGCCAGGUUUCUGCCCACUUAUGAAUUUUAAUUAAAUUUUCUUGGAUGACUUUAGUAGACUCCAAACUAUUAGCUGGGCCUCCCAGUUUAAUAUCAUCUGCAAAUUUGACUAAUGUACUUUCCAUGCCCCUGUCAAGGUCAUUGAUAAUAUAUGAGGAAAAGCAGUGGUCCCGGCACCGCUCCUUGUGGGACUACAGUUCCCUGCUCAGAUAAUAUCCCUCCUCUGAAAUACAUCCUCUAAUUCCUACUGUCUUCAUUUUACUAACAAGUCUGUCAUGUGGUACCUUAUCAAAUGCCAUUUGAAAAUCUAGGUAUAUAAUAUCAUAGGCCUUGUUAUUUCUCCUGUUUCUAAGGACUAUUUCCAUCAGGGCCUGCUGACUUGUUUAUCUUAAGUUGAAGUAAUUGAUCCAGUACGUCUUUAUCCUUUAUUUCAAUAUCUGAUAAGACAUACUGAGUACUGAAUAUGUCUUCCAUUCUAUUAGUAACCUCUUCUCUAGUAAACCUCUCAACAAAACUAUUUAAGGCACCAGCAGUCUUAGAAAGCAAUGCUCCUUCUUCAUUCCUGAUGCACUUGAUGUCCUCUUUGACUUUCCUUUUCCUGCUACAGUAUUGAAAGAAAUGUUCAGGAUUACUUUUUGCAUCAUUGGCAAUUUGCCUUUCAACGAGUCUUUUGGCUUCUCGUUGUUUUUUUUAACCUCAGUAGGCAUAUUACAAUAUUCAGUCUUAUUAUUCCUAGUGCUGUCAUGAGCUUAUAAAGUGUUUUUUUCCCCCUCAAACUCUCCCAUAUGGCUUUGUUCAUCCACAGGGGAGACCGCUUCUUCAACUUACCUUUGGAAUAAAUUUACAUUGGGCCUCAAGAAUAACGCUUUUGAACCUGGUCCCACUCUUCAUUCACAGUCUUGCAGUUAAGAAGUUGCACCCAGUCAAUAUUACUUAAAUUUUCUUGCAUCUUGUUGACAUUGGCUUUUCUGAAAUAAAAAAAUUCUGGCCAUAGAGGAGGCCUUGUUAAUUUACCAUAAUACUGCAGAAUGACCACUUGUCCCAAGUGGCUCAAUUAUCUCUAUGCUACAAAUUCUGUCCGGAUCAUUGUAUAGCACCAAAUCCAAAAUUAAUUUCCCUCUUGUACACUGAUUGACACAUUGUGCAGAAAAAAGGUAAUUUAUAACAUCUAAAAAUUCUUCCUCACUUUUCCUUAUCCUGUCAUCAAUUCCGGAUUAAUAGGAGAGUAAUUGAAGUCAUCCAUAAUAACAGUAUCACAUUCCUGACAAGCUUAUUUUAUGUCUCUGAAGAGCAUGGAGUUCACACUACUGUCUGAAGCUGGUAUCCGGUAACACCAUUAGGCCCUUUUCAUGUUUGUCCAAAUAUCGCUAGGCAUGAGCUUGUCAAUUUCUGGAAUUUUCUGCACAUUUUAAUUUUCUUUUACAUGGAGAGCUAGACCCCCACUUCUCUUACUGGAUCUAUCCUUCCUUUGUAGUUUGUACCCCUCUAUAUUAUAUUCAUCCCCAUCCUCCUCCCCAAAACAUGUCUCUGUAAUCCCAACUAUAGCAUAGCCCCCAAUAUUCAUAGCAACCUUGACACAUCCUCUCUCAUUCCCUCACCUCCCGCCAUACCAAGCCACCCUUACUACAAGACUACAUUAGUAUUCACACUAUUAUAGGAAGCCCUGACAGUUUCUAUUCUGGCAGUCUGCGCUUCCCUACCUUUUUCACUUUCUGACGUCCCUGCCUCCCAAGUCCCUAGUUUAAAUAAUCUUGUGCUACCUUAAGCAUACGUUGGCCCAGUGCAACAGUUCCCCUCUAGGUCAGGUGCAGCCCAUCACGCUUGUACAGGUCAAACCUGUACCCAUCUUUCCUAUACCAGGUGUGUAGCCACGUAUUAAACCUCCAAAUAAAACUCUGCUUCCCUCUGCUUGCACAUGGUACCGGUAGUAUUGCAGAAAAACUGAUACAACACUCUCACACACCGCGACACACCCCUUUCUGAACAGAAGAGUUGGACACAGAGAGAUACAAGAAUCCGGGAGUUUCCGGUCUUUAUUUCACAUUUUUUAACGAGCGAGAGACUCAAGUUUCUAUAAAACAAACAAAACUGCUUUGCCCUUCACCCUCAUGGGAUUGGGGUAAAAAUAAUAAAGAAACACAACAAACUAAAAUAAUAAAGACAAAAUAAGGAAACUACUCACUCUUUCCAACCUUUACCCAUGCUGGUUAUUGCUCUCUCUCUCUCUCUGCUUUCUCGGUCACGGACCCCUACUGGGAAGAAAGCACACUUUAAAUAGCUGGAUUAAUUACGGAUGCCCUCCAGGUGCGUGUUUAACCAGUAGGCAUGGUCCUCAGACUGCCCAGAACCUCUCUCAUAAACCAAGCCCUGCCACACUCCUCCACAGCCCCCCCUUGGGAGAGGAAAUCAGCACAAGCGUUAGCGGACCCUGGCCUAUGGAUUACGGAAGCGAAAUGGCUGGAGAGCCAGAUACCACCGGGUAAUCCGAGAGUUGGUGUUUUUCAUUUUAUGCAGCCAUGGGAGGGGAGCAUGGUCUGAAUAGAGGGUAAAGGAUGGACCCAGGAGGUAGUACUGGAGUGUCAGUACAGCCCACUUUAUCGCAAGACAUUCUUUUUCAGUGGUACUGUACCGACUCUCCCUGGGGCUGAGCUUGCGGCUGAUAUAGAUUACCGGUCGCUCCUCCCCAUCCGCCUCCUAUCCGAGGCAUCGGUCAUCUAAAUAAGCCGCGGCAUAAGCAGCAUGCGGUCUUAAAAGCCGGUUCAUCAGCCGCUGGAAGGUAGCGGGUGCCCCAUGCAAACCGAACGGGAGGGUGACAAAUUAGUGUAAUCCAAACGAAGUGGAGAAAGCCGAUUUCUCUUUUGCUCCUGGAGAUAAGUGAAUCUGCCAGUAGCCCUUGGUUAAAUCCAGUGUCGAAAAAAAACAAGCAGUGCCCAACCGAUCCAGCAGCUCGUCCACCCGAGGCAUCGGAUAGGCGUCAAAUUUCGAAACUGCGUUUACCUUUCGGUAAUCCACGCAGAAACGAACCGACCCAUCUGGCUUGGGAACAAGCACAAUGGGGCUACACCAAUCACUGUGCGAUUCCUUAAUCACUCCCAUCUCUAGCAUUUUGCCCAAUUCCUCCUGAACUAAUUUCUUUUUAUGUUCAGGCAGUCUAUACGGGCGACUUCUAACCACGGUGCCCAGGAGGAUAUGUAUGUGGUGUUCUGUAAGGUCAGUUCUUCCUGGUAGGGGCGAAAACACAUCAGAAAACUCUUGCUGCAACCGAGCUACCUCUGUUUGCUGCUCCGGAGUCAGAUGGCUGUCAGUUGGAACUGGACAGGUUUUUCCCAAAUUAGGAAUUUCCGGUCCCAGCUCAUCUGACCUGACUUCGGUUGUCGCAAGCAAAACAGGGUCUACCUCUCUCCACAGUUUUAAUGGUAGAUCUGACGUGCUCCACCCCUGUCAGAACGAAUAACCUCAUAGUCUACAUCCCCAAUUCGCCGUGUGACCUCAAAAGGUCCUUGCCACUGAGCGAGUAAUUUUGAUGCUGAUGAUGGGAGUAAAAGUAGGACUUUGUCUCCCGUUUUAAAUAUUCGCAAUUGAACUCCCGUUAUAUUGCCGUCUCUGCCGUUCCUGCGCCUGGAGCAAAUGUUCACGUGCAAUUUGUCCUAGUGAGUGUAGCUUUGCUUGCAGGUCCAGUAUGUAUUGGAUUUCAUUUUUACUUUGCCUUGGACCCUCCUCCCAAGUUUCUUUUAACAGGUCCAAAAUGCCGCGGGGCCUUCGCCCGUACAAUAGCUCAAAUGGGGAAAACCCCAUAGAGGCUUGGGGAACCUCUCUCAGAGCAAAUAACGGGGUCAAUUAAUUUAUCCCAAUUUCGAAUAUCAGUGCUGGCGAACUUACAAAUCAUUGUCUUCAAAGUUCUAUUAAACCGCUCCACCAACCCAUCAGUUUGAGGGUGGUAAACGCUGGUUCUAAUAGAUUUGACAUCCAACAAUUUGUAGAGUUCUUUUAGUGUUUGUGACAUGAAUGACGUGCCCUGGUCCAUGAGAAUCUCUUUUGGGAUUCCCACUCGGAAGAAAAAGUGAAGUAGCGCCUCCGCAAUAGUCUUAGCCGAUAUAUUGUGAAGGGCUACUGCCUCUGGGUAUUGUGCUGCAUAGUCCACUAGGACUAGCACAAAACGAUAAAAUCUGGCACUUCGUUCUAAUGGUCCCACAAGGUCCAUGCUAAUUCUUUCGAAGGGGACCUCUAUUAAAGGAAGUGGUUGCAACGGAGCUUUUGGAAUGGCCACCGGAUUUACUUUCUGGCACUCUUGGCACUCCGCACACCACCGACGGACGUCACCCCAUAUUCCCGGCCAAUAAAAUCGGACCAUUAUACGAUUGAGUGUUUUAUCCUCCCCCAAGUGACCUGCCAUCGGAUUGUUAUGAGCCACCUGAAAAACCAUUUUCUGGCAACUUUUUGGACUAAAAGCUGUGUAUUUUCCUCCAGAGUAUACGGGUCCUGACAUACCCGAUAUAAUUUGCCUUUAAUUAUACAUAUAAUUACCCCUAGUGGGAAGAAAGCACACUCUAAAUAGCUGGAUUAAUUACGGAUGCACUCCAGGUGCGUGCGCCUACUUAACCAGUAGGUGUGAUCCUCAGACUGCCCCGAACCUCUCCCACAAACCGAGCCCUGCCACAAACAUGUCCCAGGACCUUCCAGUAGUGGCAUUCUGACUUGAACUGUUGAACAAGGGCAGAAUCAUCAGUCCCAGUUCCCCUUGACUGCUGCACUGAAGGCUCCAUACUUGUUCCUAUAGUCUGCGCAUUUCUCGUGAUCUCCAACACACUGUGGGUACUUCCAGUCAUUGAAACUGUUGGCAAAGGCAUUAUUUUUUGAGAGAAAUAAUUUGCAAGCAAAAUCCUCCAUCAUGGUGGCACCAAGCUCACCUGCUACAUUAGCAGAUGACCAGCUACCUGUAUCCACCUGCUGUCCAUGGUGGCUGUUAUUAGCUCAUCUGCUUCAGUGGGCCCUCUAGCUUUACAGCUUGUACUCGGUGAUAGCAUUUCUUAUUUGGAGUUUCAGUUUGUGUUUCUUUCUUCUUGAAAAAGAUUUUGGCAUUUGUUUUGCAAUCCCUGUUUCAUCUUCCUCCUGUUUUUGCUUUCUUUUUUAAACCCGCCAGCGCAUCUCUUGUACUCCUCUGUUUUUUCUAUUCUUGCUGUACAAUUGACCCGUACGCGAACACUAAUACGCGAAUCAUGAUUGAUGCUCGAGAUCAAAUCUAUUGGUUCAUGUCCUCAUUUAUUUAUUAAAUAAUUAUGGGUAAUGUUUAAUUUGUUGUUUAGUUGGCAUUUGUGUAUGUGUUUAAGAUUAACUACAUUUGUGCUAAUACAUAAAAAAUGAAUGUAUUUGAAAAAAUAUGAUUGUAUGGCUAUAGGAGGGGGUUGGCUACUCAACUUUUUAUUGUGAUGAAAUUCCUGAGCCCUCGGGGGCUCUGGGGGCCACAAGCUGACCUUGUAGUUAAACAGACUUACCUCAAAAUAGUGAUGGAAAAGGUCUUUACUUUUCUGCAUUUUGUCUUUGGAAUUCACUUCCAAGCCAUAUAAGAUGUGCCGCGGCAAUGGCAGCUUAAAAAUAAAGGGUCUUAAGGUCUUUACACACCAGGGACGUGACGAAUAAACAACACAAAAAUGCGAAUAAAUCGGAGGUAAAUUUUGACAUGCCUGACUAUUCACAUCAAGCGCAACGCGAUUUUGCGAAUAAAUUAAGGUUUGUGCCACUGGAAAAAAAAAAUGGAAUCAACAUCAAGCGAUGAUGACCUGGUGCUCCUUUUACUUAAUAAAAAGAGAGGAAAAAAACGAAAUACCUGGGGGUAUACCCAGUAUUGACAAAGAGAGGAGAACUUGAUGAGUUCCACUGCGUGGUUCAGGAGCUUAAACCAUAGCCGCUUCAGACUCAGUAUCUGCUGGGUCCUAUUGUAAAAUGUCCAGCAGUCUACUGAAUCGGGUCUAGGUGCAUAUAUAAUGCAUAAUCCAUAAACAUACAGCCUAGGCCUACUCGUCGUUUUGUGACAGCAAACAAACUGAAAUGACUUUGAAAAAGUUACAUUAGUUAACGAUGUAACUGGGCAGGUUAGCUUCACAUGGGCUAACGUUACAUUAGCAUAGUUGGAAGUUUAAACAACAACGUUUUACGUAGAUUGUUGAAGCUUGGUAUACACACACCAUCAUCAUACUGAAGCUCGUUUCUAUUCCUCUCCACACAUUGUCUUUGAAAUCAUUGUCUUUGUAGGUCUUUUCCCUUUUAUCAUACAAAAUGGAGUUCUGUGAAACAAAGACAAACGAUCCACCAUGUUGAAUGUUUUGAAUGUGACGUUGUCAACAACAUGCAUUUUGAUUGGUCAGAUGUGUACAUGUUGGAAGUGAAACCUCGUAAAAAUCGACCUUGGUCCAAAAAAAUAAAAGCCACAAUAUCGCUCUGCAAAAUUCCAUUGCAGAUGUGAAAGCUUGCAUUGACUGGAUACAGGUUCGAAAAGUAUUAUUAACGUGUGAAUUAAUCGCAUGAAAAAAACGCGUCUGGUGUAGGAAUGUGACGAUAUACUGUAAAAUUCAAAUAUGAAAUAGUACUAUCAUAAACGUAACGUAAUGCCGUGAUAGUAAAUCACGUGACAAAAGCUAUUUUCAUGCGGGGAAUGUUUUUCCAAACAUUACCCUAAUAAAAUAUCUAAAUAACCCAUAUUAAAUAAUAUACUGGACCUGAAUUGAGAGAGGGAAAUCUGAUCCUAGAUCUGUAUUUACAGGCAAAGUCAUUUACAAACACAGGUCGCAUCUUUCCAGCCAAUCAUUAUGCUUGAUGCAUGAUGUGCGUGCCCCCACGGGAGCGAGCAGCGGUUCUCCCGCUCGUUCUUUCUGAUGUAAAAUGUAAAUUAGCUUGUUACCUACAAAUUACCAGCGAUGUUAUUUUUUUUCAUUCAUGUAAAAAACGAGUUAGAGAAACUAGCUAAAUGAGUGCCGAGGAGUCAGGCGAAGGCAGGAGAGAGGCAGAGAAACUCGUCGGAAGAACUGAGGUUGAAGUUGAAGUCACAGACUAGGUAGGGCCAGUUAUGCACUGAGAGACUUUUUGGACGUUUUGAAAAGAGACAUGCUUUCACAAGAACAAACAAAUGUUGAUACAGCAUAUUAGAUACAUUGACACAGCAUAACAUUAUAAUUCUACUGAUGACUUAAUACAGCUGUUGUUUCCAUGCUGAUGAAUUGUAACGUUACAGCUCUCAAUUAUAACGAUUACAUGUUUGAUUUAAUUGUAGUCUGUAGACCAAGCUUUUUAGUGUGAGUCUCAUUCAUUUGAGUUGCCUGCUUCCACGCACCGUAUGUGGUGCGCAAAUGUUUCUCUCCCCUUUGUGGUUGUUGGUAUUGCACUCAUUGGCUAAAGUAUGUCAGUAGGCGUGUCAAACAAGGUUGUUACUUACAAUAAAUACACUAAUUUUUGUGAAAUGACAUAUUUACAUCUAUGAUUUCUCUUUUUUGGCUGUGUACGAUAUCUUUAUAAUCCAAUAAUUUUAAGCCUCCGGUACGAUAGUUUAAUAUUUCCCACCUGGCAACGCUGGCUAGCUAGCUGUUAUACAGCUACACGGCAUCUCCGUUUGCAGUUCCUUACAACACUUGCGAUGUCUGACGCUGAUUCUGAUACUGACCGUAAUGAAGAAUUAUAUCCCAGCAAAAAGCGAACUCGUUCAUCCGUGUGGGCUUACUUUGGAUUCAGGAAAAAGGAUUUUUAUUAUUUUAAAUAUACAAUUAAAAGGAGUGAACUAUUCAGUUGCAUUUUUGUUUUAUUUUUCAAUUAAAAUGAUUUUAAAAAUCUGCAGAUCCAUAAAUAAACGGAUCGAGUUGUAAACUUUGAUUUUUUUUUUUUUUUUUCCAGCUUAAAACCUGAUUCCGUGAUAUACCGAAAAUCGUGAUAUUGAGUAGUACAAUUAUCAUACCCUGAAAUUUUCAUACCUUCACAUCCCUAGUCUGGUGUGUGAAGACCUUUAAGAUGAACAGAACAUGAAUGUUCAUGUAAGCCUGUUCUUACUGCUUUGAAAUUUUAGAUUUUAAUUUUAUCGUAAUCUUGUUCAAAAGCAAUUAGGGCUCAAAUGCAUUGUAUUAUUGUCAGACCUAUAUUUAAAGUAUUUUUAUAUAAAGAAAUGAUUUGAAAUACAGCAAUUACAAAUACUGAGUAUUUAAAUUCCAAAAUGUAUUUUCAGUUCCUUUUAGAUAUGUCUUAUCCUCUUUGCGCACAUGCCAAAUCUGCCCAAUUCUUGCCCAUUUAGGGGGUACCGUAUUUAAAGCUUUAUUACUCCAGAUGUGAGCAUCACAGAGAUUUGAAAAAUGUUAAUGGUUGGGGCCAGCCCUGAACCCUUCGAUAUCUCAAUAUACCGAUCGAUACAGGUAGUUCUCUCUACAGUAACAUUAAUUAACUAUUCUGUAGCUAGUGCCAUCUUGAUAGCAUUUUAUUAUGGCAGCGGAAUAAUUGCACCCUAAAUAAAUGACAAAAGUCCCAGUAUAAGGUGGAAUUAAAUGUGUCAAAAUGAUAUAUUUUCUGAAUCAUCUUCAGUUCUGCUUGGCUGCUGUGACAGUGAUGCCAAGUGACCUGAGUGUGCAGUUGCUGUGUAAAAUAAAUGCCAUCAGAACAAUUUAGCAUUGUUAUUUGCUACCUAAACUUUGCCACACAUUCAUCAUUGUUGCCAUGAUUGGAGCCUGAAACGUCAUUUUUCAAAAUCCAUUUAAACCAUUUACCAGUUAGCUGGGACUUUGAAGUUAUAAGGCAGGAUUUAUGAAGUGUCCUGUGGAAAUAUUGUCCUAGCUAGGAGUCUGAAUUCUGAAAGUUUUAACUUGAUCCAACUGCCAUAAAAGAGCAUGUAAAAUUUGGUGCUGUCGGAAUCCUGCUCUUUUCCUUGGUGGAAAGUUGGGAACAUGUGACCUGAAAAGGUCCCAAAAACAGCCAAAAUAUCAUGUUACAAUUCCAUAUACAGUAUAUAAGGCAUAAACCACGACAGGCUAUCCCAUUAUUGAAAAAUAAUGUACAGUAGUUACUGGUUUCAUUUGACGCAUUUGCCUCUGCGGGAGAGGUUCUGCCGGCCAGAGGAAAAUACUUUCAUGAAUCCACAGGGGAACAUGCAUACAUUUCAUAUGUUGACCAUGAUAAAAAAGCAGAGAAGAGGGAGAGAAGAGGUAGAGAGGAGAGACGUCGGAGAGGAAGAAGAGAUACGCGAAUAUAGAGAAAUGAGAGCAGAUAGGAAGAUGAGAGAGCUUCUGGAAGUUGACCAGAAGAUAUAUUUUGAUGAUCUUGGGAGUAUAGAAACUGGUCCGAAAACUACCAGUUUCCCCUCUGUUGGUUUGGCUUCCAGAAGUGAGCCUUUCAAAAGAGCUGGUUUGAGAGUUGUGUGUGGCUGGAAUACUCAGUUAAGAGAAGUGGUAAAAAGAAACUCACCAGAGACCACAGGGAUGCUUUGCCUAAGCACAGGGUACUCAAAUUAGAAAAGAGUAAAUGGUAAAUGGACUGCAUUUAUAUAGCGCUUUUAUCCAAAGCGCUUUACAAUUGAUGCCUCUCAUUCGCCAGAGCAAUUAGGGGUUAGGUAUCUUGCUCAAGGACACUUCGAUACGCCCAGGGUGGGGUAUGAACCGGCAACCCUCCGACUGCCAGACAUUCGAUCUUACCUCCUGAGCUAUGUCGCCAUGUCGCCAUGCACAAAGCUUCCAUGAUAUGUUGGAAGGGCUAUAAGGCAAGCCUCACUCAAGGUGGUGUUGUUAAGCAGCUACAGGUGGCUAGUGUAGGAGUAACCAUGGGGAGAGAGAAUAUGUUGACCGUAUUGUGCCUUUCUGGGUAAGCAGGGAUACCAAAACUGGUCAAAUUGUUGCACAAGCACCAUGCACCUGAUUAAUGCUCCCCUCAUUUCACAGUGAAAAGUGCAUGGUGCUCGUGCAACAGUUUGACCAGUUUUUUACACAGCACCAUCAUGUGCAAAAUUUUCAUGAGUUGGAGCAGAAUUUAUGCUGGACAUACUGGCGUGCCACCCAGCCACAGAGGAGUUUCUCUCUCUAUGGUCCCUGAGACACCUUGCCACAUGCUACUGUCAGUGGUGGUUAUGGUAGAGGUGGUUCUGGUAGCCCAAAUGUUUAGGGCCGGAAAGGAAAAAGAAGCCUAUCCUCAGUGUGUUCAGACUCCUGGAUUUUUCCAUGUUCUCAACUCUGACAGCAGUCUUUCAAGUGCUGUUUACCAAUUUUACAGGUGGUCUUUCAGCAUCUUGUGUCGGCUGCAUAGAGUUGAGGCCAAAAGGUUACGUACACUUAGGCUAAAGAUAUUCAAACUCAGUUUUUCACAACUCACACACAUUUCAUGUUACCAUACAAUCUACUUUGUCUACACGUCAGAGGUAAUUUUAAAACAAUCGAUUAGAGACCUAUUUAUUUCAGCUUUAAUUCACUAUAUCAAUUUACAUACACCAAGUUGACUGUCUCUUUAAACAGUCUGGAAGAUUCCAGAAAUUGAUGUAAUGACUUUUUAUAAGCAUCUGAUUGGCCAAUUGUCUUAAUUAGGGGUAAAUUUGCACAUUUGGCUGUAUUUAAGGGCCUACCUUUAGAGCCACUGCCUUUUUGCCCUUGAUACCAUGGGAAAAUCCAAGCAACUCAGCUAAGACCUC